CCUAGACUGCGCUUCGGAUUGCUUGGAGCGGAGCGUGGCCGAGACCGGCUGCCCAGACCUUUCCUGCCUCUGCAGCAACCCACACUACAACGAGAAACUAUUCGACUGCCUGUUCGACAACUGUCCAUCCGACCAGUACACUGCUGCUGCCCAGCAAGCGUACCUUGAAUGCCACGACCUCAUGCAUCCCACGUCGUCUUCCCAGCAGGAUCACGUCACCGAGAGCCCCCACGCACUUGGCAAAGGCGUCUUCCCAGAUACACCCUCCAGGUUCAGUGGAUCCCGCUUCUGGCCAGGAAAUCACGCUCAACGCUACGGCUCCAACGGUGCUGGCUUGGGAGCUUCUGUCAAGACCGUCACGCUACUGGCUGCCCCUACGCCUGCUGUCGCGGGGCCCUGGGUUCCUGGACCCUGGGCGCCUGGAGUCUCACCUGGCUCUGCUUCCAGCCCCAAUGGCGAAGAUUGCGAUGAUGACAUUGGAAACGGCCAAGGGCAGAAUCUCCCUGCCCAGACUGUCACUGUCUUUGCGGUUCCAUCAACCUCAACACAGCCUGCUGUUGCCACGGGACCCAAUCUACCAGGACUCACGCCAGGAGCAGAUGAUUGUGAUGAUCUUUCGGGCAGCGGGAACGGAAACAACAACGGAAAUGGUAUGCCGCUGGCCCCUCUGGUCCAGACCGUCACAGUCUUUGCAGCGCCAUCAGCGCCAUCAGCACCAUCUUGGGCCACAGGGUCCAAUGGAGGGGCUGCUUCUGGAGCAGAGGACUGUGAUGAUGGCACUUCUGGCAGCAGCAAUGGUAACGGCAACAACAACGGCAAUGGCAAUAGCAACGGCAUCGGUAGCGGCCAGGGGAGAUCGCCGUCUGUCCAAACAGUUACAGUUCUUGCAGCUCCUUCUCUAGCGCCGGCGGUGCCUGUGUCGAAUCCAGACGACUGUGACGAUGAACUUUCCGGCAACACCAACGGCAACACCAACGGCAACACCAACGGCAACGGCAACAACAACGGCAAUGGCAAUGGCAACGGCAACGGCAUCGGUAAUGCUAAUGGUCAAGGAGUAUCACCAUUUAUUCAAACAGUCACCAUCCUUGCAGCCCCCUCUCCCGCGCCGGCGGCACUCAACCCAGACGACUGUGAUGAUGAUUCAGCUACAAACGGUCAGGGGCGGAACGGAGGGGCACCGCAGGCGCCGCGGCCCGCUGUACCAGUCUCUACAGUUACAGUCCUCGCCUCUCCGCCUCGUCUCCCACCUGGCCUUCCGGGUAAUGGCUGGCCCGGGUCUGGUGACGGCCUUGGGCCACUCAUCCCGGGGCCUGGCUUUGGUGGCUCAGCUCCUGUCACAUCGACUGUCACCGUCGUUGCAGCAUCCCCAAGCAAGAUGCCAAGCUUCCCGGCUGGCGGCGGCUUCGGUGGUCGUCCACAAGGCCCUGCCUUUGGCGGCCAAGCUCCGCCUGUCUCUACAGUCACAGUCCUAGCGGCUCCCCCAGGUGCUCAGCCAGGCUUUCCAGGAAGCGGUAGCAACGGCCUUGGACCCAACCCUCUUGGACCCCCCGGCGGUGGUCGCCCAGCUGCACCGGUGUCUACAGUCACCGUAUUUGCGGCUCCACCGAGGCCGUCGCCCAGUCUCCCAGACAGUGGCAGUGGCAAUGGCGGUUCUGGAGCUGCUCCUCAAGACCCUCGUGCCGGUGGACGCCCGGCCUUCUCUGUCUCUACGGUCACCGUAAUCGCAGCUCCCACAUCUCCAGGAAACGGUCUCGGAAGUGGUGGCGGCCGGCCUGCGGCUCCUGUCCAGGCUGCACCAGCUUCUACCGUCACCGUGCUAGCAGCCCCGGGCUCUGGUUUUGGACCAGGCGCAGCAAAUGGCGAAGAUUGUGACGAGGGAGCGCGGUCGAUGUCAACAGUCACUGUCUUGGCAGCUCCCCCAACGGGCGUAUCUGCUCGGCCCAACGCUCCUCCCCCGGUCGUUGCGUCUCCUCCGCAGAUUGCCUCCUUUCCCCCCAUCGUUCCCAACGGCCCCAGCAACGGAGAUGACUGCAGUAACCCCUCCUCUGGGGGUCGGGGCUGCUCUAGCGGCGAUGGCUCCGGUAGUGGGAAUGCAAGUCCUGGUGGUUCUGGUGGCGGUCGUUCGGCAUCAACUGUCACUGUCCUCGCUAACCCGAGACCUGCCGCCGCUAGGACCUCCACGGUCACGGUGAUGGGCUCCUUUCCGACCACUCCUGUGAAUUCCCCUGCUCAGGGCCCAGGACCCGAGUUUCCAUCCCCGUACGGUGAUGGUCUCUCGGGAGCCACAAUUCCUUCGUCUUCAUAUAGCGGCUUCGACGGCUCCAGGCCAAACGGAAUUCCAAGCAACAACCCCGGAGUGGGCAAUCCUGUCUCGCCAGUCACCGGGGGAGCACCAAACCCUCAAGGCUCAUACUCCAGAGAUGUUCACCGAAGCAAGUCGGGUCAGCCGCUCACGGGGCGAACUUCGAAAGGCUAUGAUUUCGGAAAUGGGCCCAGUCUCCCUCCCGGUCUACUGAGUGCAUAUGGCGGCGAUACCCCCCACUCGUCUCCUUCGAUUGGUAUGCCUCCAGGCCCCAACGGUCCCCCUGGUACCCCAUGGGGCCCUUUUCAGCCCACAGGUUCCACCGUCUUUGUGACAACGACGUCGGUCUCUACGGUCACAAUCCCGGCCUUUCCGCCCCUCAACAGUAUUCUCAGCCCGCCAAGGCCCACCACGACGGUUGUUGUGACCUCACCCUCAGUUAUUGUCCCCAGGCCACCUGGUUUCCCAAGCACUCCGCUCAAUCCUGGGACACCAAAUCUGCCAGGGACUCCAGGCUGGCCCACCAUCCCAAUCAGUCCUGGGACGCCAGAUGUCCCUUUCAGUCCUGUGGUGCCAAGUCUUCCAGUCACUCCAGGUUGGCCGGCUGUUCCAUCCACUCCUGGGGCUCCGAAUAUACCCGUCAGCCCUGGUGUGCCAAACCUACCAGGAACGCCUGGGUCACCCUCCGUGCCAGUUCCUCCUGUGACACCAAAUGCACCGGGCACUCCUGGUCUGCCGAACGUAGGUGGCUCACCUCCUGCCAACCCGCUGGCUCCAACGGUCACGUCGAUAAUCAACUCGAUACCACCAACGCCGGUUACUCACGGAACUCCGCCAAUUGGUGAUGGGAGCAGCCCCAACGCCUCCCCUGUCAGCGGCAUCAUCAGCUCAGUCCCACCCACACUGCCGCCUCCCGGAUUCCCCAGCAUUGGGAGUAGGCCCCCAGGGUCUGUGAGCUCCCGUAGCACCUGGCCCCCGCCCAAUGAUGGUGGUUCAUCGCCGCCUGUCGGGCCAGUCCCAGCCAGCUCCCAGGGAACGCCGCCUCCCCCUGUGACUGUUUCGCCACCAAACCCAGGGUCACCAGGAAGCAUGCCACCAGCACCGCCUGGAGGGGCCCUCACGCUCUCAGGUCAGCUGCCUUGGCCUCACAGCUUGACUCGCAGUAUCAGCACACAGCCUGUCAGCAGCCCUCCGGGUGCAAGUCCCCCCGGAGGUAUCCCGCCUGGUAACUCGCGAUCGUCAAGCACCACACCCGGACAACCUGUUGCGCCUGCAGGCCCGCCACCUGGCAGCCCUCCUGCAUCGCCUGACCAGCCCUCUGAUUCGACACCACCGCCGGCCCCGGUGACGACGCCCCAGCCACAGCCACCGCACGAAGGCACACCUCCAAGUGGCAGUCCUCCUGGAAACCCGAGCACUAUUCCGCCAGUCACUACACUAACUACGAGAGUGACUACGCCACUGACGCCCAGCUCUGGGCCUGGCGGUGGCGAGAUAGGAGGUGUGGCGCCCAUCACCGGGGGCAGAACAACGACCCCUUCGUCCCCAGGCGCUCCUGGUAGCCCCGAUACUCCUGGUAGUCCCAACACCCCAAGCACCCCAGGUGUUCCUGCUAUACCAAUCGUCACGACGCCCAACGGUGGAGAAGCCGGAGGUGUAGCACCCGUCACUGGUGCCGGAACAUCAACCCCUUCAUCUCCAGAUACUCCUGCCCGAGUAGUCCGAGCGCGCCUGGUAUCCCGGGGACCACGGCACCUAGCAGCGGUGGAGAGGGUGGUGGGCAAGCACCCGUUCCCGGCGCAAUGACAACCAGCCACUCUAUCCCAUCUGGUCCAGGAACUCCCGGCCUCCCUGUCACCACUCCGCCCGGCGGAGGAAACCCAAGUGGCCCUAGCCAUCCAACAGGCCCCGACUGCCCCGGGGGUCCAGGAUGCCCUGAUAUCACUGGCUGUCCUGGCGGCCCUGGUUGUCCCGAUACUUCUAGAACC